UCAUUGCGCCAUGACACACUUUGUUAUUUCAAUUCAAAAACACAAGACUAUAAAAGUAAACGUAAAAUAAAGUAAGAAUUUAAAGGCAAUAGGUCAAACUUGCAACUUGAUUACUUAUCCCCACCUAGUCGUGUCGGAAUGGCGCGCGGCGAGAGGUUGUCUUGACUGCUGCUUGAGUGUUGUGUUUUAGUUUCCUUCGUUCCGCGUCGUGUCUCCCGCGUCCUCGAACUGUUUGCAAUCAAGAAAACUGUGAAAUGAUACCAAACGGGCUCUCAAACUGCAUCUGACGAACAAUGUGCUGACAAAAGUGUUUAUAGUGAAGUGUAAAAUAUAAUAAAGAUAAAAAAUGGGUUCCAAAAUCGAGUACGUCGAUUCAUCGCACCUUUACGCGACCAACUACGUUCGUAAUUCGAAAGCUAUAGGCGUGCUUUGGGCGAUAUUUACGAUAUGCUACGCGAUUAUAAGCGUUGUUGCCUUUGUGACUCCAGAAUGGAUUGGGGAUUUGGAGACGGAAUAUCCAAGGAAGUUUGGUUUGUGGCAGAUAUGCAGGGCGGAUGAGUUAGAGGACUGUAAAGGGCGGCUGGACGAUUUCCUUUCGAUAAACGGGUUCGUUUUCAAAAUCGCCACGGUGUUAGUGGGUGCAGCGGUCGCUCUGGCCCUGUUUACAAUCUGUGCCAUGCUACUGUUCUUUUGCCAGUCGACGACGGUGUUCCACAUCUGCGGCUGGCUUCAACUAUUAUCCGCGGCAUGUAUGGUGGCCGGCGUGGCGGUGUACCCUGCAGGCUGGAACGAGACGGCCGUGCAGGAGACUUGCGGGCCCACUGCGGACCAGUACAACAUAGGUCGCUGCCACAUCCGCUGGGCGUACCUGCUGGCGGUGAUCGGCUGCCUGGACGGCAUCGUGCUGGCGGCGCUGGCCUUCAUCCUCGCCACCCGCCACGUGCGCCUGCAGCCCGACACCGGCUACCCGCCGCCCUCGCUCUACAAAGGCGAGAUCAACAACGGGUACGUGACGGACGCGACGUCGGUGAGCGGGUCGCGCAAGUCGCUGUCGCUGCAGCCCGUGCUGCUGGUGCGGCCGCACGCGCUGGAGCCCGACGCCUACAGCCACUACUCCGGCCGCGCCCGCGCCAAGCACGGCCUCUACGCCAACACCAUGCACAACUACCAGCUCUAGGCACCAGCGACUUCUCCACCAAAUGAGACCACUAACCGACAUUUUCAAUGAAGGAGUCUCAAUCUUCAAUAUGAUUCCCAGAAUAAACCAACGACACCUUCUCGAAACCAGAUCACUAACCGUCAUUUUCAAUAAACUAUCUCAAUCUUUAAUCUGAUUCUGAUAUUGAACCAAUCAAAGUAAGUCAUUUGUAAGUGUCAAAAUACAGUGCUCUGAUUGGUUCAUAUUUAGAUAGAUCAAAAAAGGGGUUGAGAUCGUUUAUUGAAAAUGAAGGUAAGGUAUCGCGGAAUGUUGAGAAUUUUUUGCGGAGAAAUUCAAUGUUAUGAAAGUUGAUAAAGCAUCUGUAUAUGUGCGUCCAUGUUCAUUAAUGUAAAUGAAAAACAAUUAAAUUUCUACACGGCAAAAAUCUGCUUAGACUAUUUUGACCGACGCGUAUUAUCAACUAUUCUUGUCUUCCUAAGGUAUUGUACAAUUCCAAAUGUUUAUGGAUAACCUGUGAUUUCUAUUCUCAUGAAACUAUCUACUAUAGUGUAUCAUUUAAAAUUAAAAUGAUUACAUACUGUAUGACCAACAUAAAAAAAUGUGAUGAUAUUUUUUAUAAUUCACAUUAGUGUUCUCCUUCCCAAGAAUCUUAUAUAAUAUUUGUAGCUAUUUUUUACUUGAGUAUACUUUUUUACCCAAAUAAAUAUCGAAUUGAAUUACUAAGAUUUUUUAAUCUAUGGUUUGAUAUGACACUAUGGCUUCUAUUCUACGCCAUAAAUAUUCUGCAAUCCGAUCGUGAAUAGAUUAUAGUCUAUAGAAAAUGGAACCGAAUUAUUCGAAUCGAUGGUGAUUUUUAACCAACUAUGUGAGAAGUUUUAUAGUAAUUAUAAAUAUUUUAAGACAAUAAAAUUAAACAUUAUAAUUUGUAUCAAAGAAUGUAUUAUAGUGCCUUUGAAUAAUCCUAGCUUUUGCUGAUUUUAUAAAUAAGAAAAGCCUUUUCAAUAUAUUUAAUUUCCAUUUUUCCCUUGUGUAGUAAAAACUAUAGUUUCUAUUAAGUCUUUGUUCGAGUAGUUAUUAUUAUUCAAUGUAUUUCUUCUGUACCUACGCUUAAAACAACAGUAAAUAGUUGCAUAUCGGCUAAUUAUUACGCGACAUAACAAAAAUAUAAACUUCGUUAGAUGCAAACGCUAGUACAAGCCUAGAAUACACAUGCUAGUAAAUAGCACAAAAGUGUGCUUAUUUCACAUAAUGAUCAGAGCAUGGUUUCGGUUGUAAUAAAUUUUAAAAUGAUAAAAGUACAAAUAAGGAAAAUAUAAAGAAACCUGCAUACAUGAGUUUAAAAUCGGAAGGUAUGUGAACUCUUUCCAAAAGCGGCCAGCAUACUGAACAAGAUCUUAAAGAGCUUUGCCCAAUAGUGGAGCUAUAAUUAAAAAUGUAUUAUUCUAUUUUUAUUAAUAAUUUUUUCGACAGACCAAUAUGGGCAUGAGAUAUGCUUUCAAUAAAUAAUAAACAGCACGUGUUUUCUAUGCUUUUCAUCGUAAAAGAACCUUGUAGUAGUACCAUAUUCGUCCACUAGUGGCGCUGUACACAAUCUUGUAAGAUAAUCCGUAAUAUUUCUCAGGUCUGAAGGCACCACACGCCUAUAAUUACAAUAAAUCAGACAAAAGUAAUUGUGGUAUAAGAAGUGUGACGUUUCAUAUAGUAAUUUGUGUUAUUUCUCGCGAAGACAAAUGGAGAGCGGUUGUGAUGACUUCAGACCAGCUUUAGACCGACAAAGUUGUUAUAAUGUAUAUAUUAGUAUAGUUCAGUGUAAUGUGUGCCGUCCCGAGCGUGCCUUGUAGAAAGCAAUGUUAAUUUAAUGUGAAUUUAUUAAAGUUAAUUAAUUUUU